CGCUUGGCCGGCGGGCCGUCCUCCCAGCCCACGACGCCGCUCACGUCACCGCAGCGCGAGACCCCGCCAGGACCACCUGGAGUAGCACCAGCCCCGGGGCCAUCCCACAGCCUGGGCCUAAAUGUCCACAGCAUGACCCCAGCUACCUCUCCAAUCGGUGCAUCGGGAGUAGCCCACCGAAGCCAGAGCAGCGAAGGAGUGAGUUCACUCAGCAGUUCUCCAUCUAACAGCCUUGAAACACAAUCUCAGUCUCUCUCUCGGUCUCAGAGCAUGGAUAUUGAUAGUGUCUCCUGUGAGAAAAGUAUGUCCCAGGUAGAUGUGGAUUCAGGAAUUGAAAAUAUGGAGGUCGAUGAAAAUGAUCGCAGAGAGAAAAGGAGCCUGUCGGAUAAGGAGCCUCUGUCUGGGUCUGAAGUAUCUGAGGAACAAGCUCUUCAGCUGGUCUGUAAGAUCUUCAGAGUUUCUUGGAAGGACCGAGAUAGAGAUGUCAUCUUCCUGACUUCACUUUCUGCUCAAUUUAAGCAGAACCCAAAGGAAGUGUUUUCCGAUUUUAAGGACUUGAUUGGACAGAUUUUAAUGGAAGUUCUGAUGAUGUCCACCCAGUCAAAAGAUGAAAACCCCUUUGCCAGCCUGACAGCUACAUCACAACCAAUUGCUGCAGCUGCCCGGUCACCUGAUAGAAGCCUGAUUUUAAACACUGGCUCCAACCCAGGAACCAGCCCUAUGUUCUGUAAUGUAGGCUCCUUUGGUUCCAGUUCAUUAUCCAGUCUCUAUGGGACUAGUCCAGCUCCUACUAUCAGUUUCACAAGCUAUGUACCAAUGACUGGUUCAUCUCUUACCCCACCAGCCAGUUCAGUUGCCUCCACAUCAGUGCCUUCCAUUUCUGUCAGCUCUCACCUCACAGCAGCAAGCCCUUCUGCGACGCAGCCCUCCUCUCCGAGUGUGGGAGGCUCUGGCAGCUCAAGUGUUUCCGAUACCUGCAGUGACCACUUCACCAUUGAAACUUGUAAGGAGACAGAGAUGCUGAACUACCUCAUUGAGUGUUUUGACAGAGUUGGAAUAGAGGAGAGAAAAGCACCAAAGAUGUGUAGCCAGCCAACAGUUAGUCAGCUACUGAGCAACAUCCGAUCCCAGUGCAUUUCCCAUGCCGCGUUGGUGCUCCAGGGAUCCUUAACACAACCAAGGUCCCUGCAGCAGCAGUCUCUGCUGGUACCAUAUAUGCUGUGUAGGAACCUUCCAUUUGGCUUCAUCCAGGAACUGGUGAGAACAACUUAUCAGGAUGAAGAGGUGUUCAAACAGAUCUUUAUCCCUAUCUUACAAGGCCUGGCUCUGGCUUCCAAAGAGUGCUCUCUGGAUAGUGACAACUUUAAGUACCCCCUUAUGGCAUUGUGUGAACUUUGUGAAAUCAAGUUUGGGAAAACACAUCCCAUGUGCAGUCUGGUUGUAUCUUUGCCCUUGUGGUUGCCUAAAUCUUUAAGCACAGGUGCAGGAAGAGAGCUGCAAAGACUUUCCUAUCUCGGAGCCUUCUUUAGUCUCUCUGUCUUUGCUGAAGAUGAUAACAAAGUUGUUGAAAAGUACUUCUCAGGGCCUGCCAUUACUCUUGAAAAUACCCGGGUUGUUAGCCAGUCUUUGCAACAUUACCUGGAAUUAGCAAGGCAAGAGCUGUUCAAAAUUCUGCACAGUAUUUUACUGAACGGUGAAACUCGAGAAGCAGCUCUCAGUUACAUGGCAGCUGUUGUCAAUGCCAACAUGAAGAAGGCCCAGAUGCAGACGGAUGAUCGUUUGGUAUCUACUGAUGGCUUCAUGCUCAACUUUUUAUGGGUACUACAGCAACUAAGUACGAAGAUAAAGCUGGAAACGGUUGAUCCCACGUACAUCUUUCACCCCAGGUGUCGUAUUGACCUUCCAACAGAUGAGACAAGAGUGAAAGCAACAAUGGAGGAUGUUGCAGCCUGGAUUGCUGAGCUCUACAGGGAUCAGUCUUCAUUUUCUGAGCCGAAAUUCCCAACGGAAUGUUUCUUCCUCACCUUGCAUGCCCAUCAUCUCUCCAUUCUGCCCAGCUGCCGUCGGUACAUACGUAGACUGCGGGCCAUCAGGGAGCUCAACAGAACUGUUGAAGACCUGAAAAACAAUGAAAGUCAGUGGAAGGAUUCUCCUCUCGCUACAAGGCAUCGAGAGAUGCUCAAACGUUGCAAGACACAACUUAAAAAACUGGUGAGGUGCAAGGCUUGUGCAGAUGCUGGUUUGCUGGAUGAAAACUUUCUUAGGAGAUGUCUGAAUUUCUAUGGCAUGGUGAUUCAGCUGAUGCUUCGCAUUCUAGACCCUGCCUAUCCCAACAUAAAACUGCCUUUAGCUCCUGACGUUCCGAAGGUAUUUGCAGCGUUGCCAGAGUUUUAUGUAGAAGAUGUUGCUGAAUUUUUGUUUUUUAUUGUACAAUAUGCUCCUCAGGUGCUUUAUGAGCCCUGUACUCAGGACAUCGUCAUGUUCCUUGUUGUGAUGCUGUGCAACCAGAACUACAUCCGAAACCCUUAUCUGGUAGCCAAGCUGGUGGAAGUGAUGUUCAUGACAAAUCCAGCUGUUCAGCCCCGAACACAGAAGUUCUUCGAGAUGAUUGAGAAUCAUCCUCUCUCCACCAAAUUGCUAGUCCCCUCCUUGAUGAAAUUUUACACAGAUGUUGAACAUACUGGAGCCACUAGUGAAUUCUAUGACAAGUUUACAAUUCGCUACCACAUCAGCACCAUUUUCAAAAGCCUUUGGCAGAAUAUAGCUCACCAUGGUACCUUCAUGGAAGAGUUCAACUCUGGGAAGCAGUUUGUUCGCUACAUCAACAUGCUGAUAAAUGAUACAACUUUCUUGCUGGAUGAGAGUCUGGAGUCCCUAAAACGUAUCCAUGAAGUGCAAGAGGAAAUGAAAAAUAAAGAGCAAUGGGACCUGCUGCCCAGGGAUCAGCAGCAGGCUCGGCAGUCGCAGCUCGCGCAGGAUGAGCGUGUGUCUCGUUCAUAUCUUGCCCUGGCAACGGAAACUGUUGAUAUGUUCCAUAUCCUUACCAAGCAGGUUCAAAAGCCUUUCCUCAGACCUGAACUUGGACCACGAUUAGCUGCUAUGCUGAACUUCAAUCUACAGCAACUGUGCGGCCCCAAGUGCCGUGACCUGAAAGUUGAAAACCCUGAGAAAUAUGGGUUUGAACCAAAGAAGCUGUUGGACCAACUGACUGAUAUUUAUCUACAGUUAGAUUGUGCUCGCUUUGCUAAAGCAAUUGCUGAUGAUCAGGUAAUCUCCCAAAAAAAAAUGGGAGAGGAGGGGUGGAAGUAUUUGGGAACUUUGCAGAAUAUGCCA